AUGUCGUAUUUAGGUAAUUUGCCUGUUUUCGAUCACAAAAUAAGUGAAUGGUCAAUAUUUUAUGGGAAAUUAACACAGUUCCUAAGGAUAAAUAAUGUGACAAAAGAAGAAAUUAAGAGUGGUAUCCUGCUUACUCAUCUCACCGAUGAAACCUACCGCUUAGUACGUAACUUAGCGUACCCUAACACGGUGGAAUCGUUAACUUACAACGAGCUAGUUCAAAUACUCAACAGCCAUUUCAAACCAAAGCAGUGCUCCUUCGUAGAUAAGGCCAACUUUUUCGGAGGGACUAGAAGUCCAGGAGAAUCACUGGGAGACUGGGCGGCGCGAUUAAGAGGACUAGCAAGCCAUUGCGAAUUCGGCGACGCCCUGGAAACGAAUCUGAGAGAUCGUUUUGUCCUAGGCCUGGGCUCUGGCCCGGAACGUGACAAGCUGUUCGAGCAGAACCCGACAACACUUACGCUAACUAAGGCGAUUGAAAUAGGGGAACAAGCUGCUUGCGCAAGAGAGGUAAAGGUGAUGCUGAAUACGAGCGAUUUUGGGGUCAUCAAGGAAGAACCUGUGUAUCGUGCAAAAUUUCACCAGUUCGCUCGGGGAAGCGGAGGUGACGGCAGUGGCAAUGACAGUGUCGGCGCUAGGACAUCGCGACGCGAAACUGGCUCCUGUUCAGUUUGUGGUAUGAAAAAUCAUUACAGUGAUAAAUGCCGGUACAAAAGCUAUAAGUGUCAAAAGUGCGGUAUAAAAGGGCAUUUAAAGAAAGUUUGUGCUAAAAAUAAAAAUAACUCGUGUGCUUAUCACAUUCAAUCAGAACAGGAAUGCGGCGCUAAUGAGGCCAAGGACACAGGUUGCGUAGAAUGCCAGAACUUUAACUUAAGGUACGUUGAUGAUAAACCAAUUGAAAUAAAUUUAAUUUUGGGCAAUCUCAACUUAACAAUGGAACUAGAUUCAGGCUCGAGCAGCUGUGUAAUUUCUGAAAAACUGUAUGCUGAAAAGUUUUCCGAUUAUCAUUUGAAUAACAGCAAUAUAAAAAUGUGUCUGUAUAAUGGGCAUAAAAUCUCUCCACUUGGAUAUUUCUGGGUUGAAGCUUGUUAUAAUAAAGUUAAACACAAAAUAAAAAUUUAUGUUGUUAAAAAUGGGGGUCCUCCCCUGCUGGGUAGAGAUUUUAUGUCCGCGUUUAAUUUAAUUAUAACAACUAACAUAAUGUCUAUGUGUAUUGAUAAGAAUGUAAACAAUGUAUUGCAAAAGUUCCCUAACUUGUGGCAGGAUGAGUUAGGUUCGUUCAAUAAAUUUAAAGUAUGUUUACGUUUAAAGGAAAAUGCAAAACCUAAGUUUUUCAAGCCACGAACCGUACCCUUUGCCCUUAGGGAUAAAGUCGAAGAAGAGUUGAACCGUUUAGUGACCUUAGGUAUUUUAGUUCCAAUUGACCAAUCAGAGUAUGCCACGCCUAUUGUACCUGUUUUGAAGGAAAACAAUAAAAUAAAAAUAGCAGGAGAUUUCUCGGUCACGCUGAAUAAAGAUCUUUUGAUUGAAAGAUACCCCCUACCUCGAAUCGAAGAGGUAUUUGCUAAAAUUGGGGGUGGCGAACGAUACAGUAAAAUUGAUCUUAAGAAUGCUUAUAAUCAAUUUGUUUUAGAUGAGCCAUCACAAUUACUUACAACAAUAAAUACCCAUAAAGGGUUAUUUAAAUAUACAAGAUUAGUGUAUGGCUUAUCUAAUGCACCUGCAAUCUUUCAAAAGGCUAUGGAGACACUUCUCUCUGGCAUAGAUGGAGUCAGCGUAUGGCUCGAUGAUAUAUGUAUAACUGGCCCCAAUAGUGAUUCCCACAUUAAAAGAUUAGAAGAAGUAUUAAGUCGGUUAAGUGACGCCGGGUUGCGACUACAGAGAGACAAGUGUGAUUUCUUUAAGGAUAGUGUAAAAUAUUUAGGCUAUGUCAUAGAUAAAAACGGCUUAAAGACUGACUCGGAAAAAGUUCACGCUAUCAUUAAUGCGCCCGAGCCGACUAACGUAACCGAAGUUAAGAGAUUUUUAGGCAUGGUCAAUUAUUAUAGGAAUUUUAUACCAAAUGCUUCUUCACUACUCCAUCCUCUUCACGAGCUAUUGCGUCGCGAUACGCCAUGGGAGUGGGGCGAGCAUCAGAGGCGUAGCAUGGCGGCAGUGCGCCGCGAGCUGGCGUCCGAACGCGUGCUAGCGCACUUCGAGCCCACAGCACAACUCGUACUGUGCGUGGACGCCGGACCCGGGGGCCUAGGCGCCGUUCUAUCACAACGAUCGGACGACGGUCACGAACGCCCCCUCGCAUUUGCGUCUCGUUCACUCACCACCAGUGAACGUAACUACAGCCAAAUUCAGAAAGAAGCAACUGCUAUUAUAUUCGGGGUGAAGAAAUUUCAUCAAUUUUUGUAUGGUAGAAGCGAGCCGUUUAUUCUUAAAACCGACCAUAGGCCUCUAGUUUCUAUUUUCGAUACUAAAACAGGCAUACCGAUUACAACAGCGCUGAGAUUACAGCGAUAUGCUAUAAUAUUAUCGGCCUAUAAUUACACUGUCCAGUAUGUGUCGAGCGAUAAAAACGUAGUUGCAGAUUAUUUUUCUCGCUCACCCUUAACGUGUAGAAAUGCAUCGGAUUGCCAAGAUAACGAUUUAGACUCUUACUACGUAGUUAAGUUUAUGAAUGAGACGUCACCGGCGACGACAAUCCGCGAUAUUGCACAAGUGACACAACAAGAUACGGUUCUUAAAACAGUCAUUAGGUACAUGAAUCACGGUUGGCCACGUAAACUAAGCUGUCGAACAAUACUUCCUUAUUUUCAAUGUAAGUCCGACUUACAGUUCGAACAAGGGUGCUUAUUUAGGGGACAUAGAAUAGUAAUUCCGUCAAAGUUUAGGGAACACAUGCUAAAAGAACUACACGACACACAUCUAGGAAUAAUAAAAACAAAAAGUAACGCACGAAGUAGGAUGUGGUGGCCGGGUAUCGACCGCGACAUUGAACGUUGGAUCGGGUCCUGCAAAACAUGCGUGAGCUUACGCUGCGCCCCGCCGCGCGAUCCGCCGGCGCCGUGGCCCGCCGCCGCCGGCGCAUGGCAGCGCGUACAUAUCGACUACAUGACCGUGGGGCAAAGGGUAUACCUCGUGGUAGUUGAUUCGUUUAGUAAAUGGCUGGAAUGUAUAUUCAUGAACAGUGGAACGUCGUCACAAUCGCUUAUUACAAAAUUAAAAAAUAUUUUCUCUACUUUCGGUAUACCUAAUGUUUUAGUUUCUGAUAACGAUGUUAAAAUAAACUCUAAUGAAUUUAAGACCUUCUGCUCUAACAAUGGUAUUAAGUACUUAACUUCCCCCAUAUAUCAUCCACCAAGUAAUGGACAAGCGGAGAAUUCGGUUAGGACUUGUAAAAAAAUGCUAAAAUGUAUUUUAAAAGAUAACCUACCACAGCACCAAAUUAAUGAAGUAUUAUUGGGAUAUUUAUUUAACUACAGGAACACGGUACACUGUACAACCGGCGAAACGCCGGCUAAAUUAAUGUUUGGUAGAAAUCUACGAUCUCGUCUCGACCUAAUUAUACCCAUAGAAAAAACACAAUUAAAUAUGCCUUUAGUAACCAGUAGGAGAUUUUUUGAAAUAGGUGAUACUGUUUGGGCUCGGUGGUACAGUGCCCGGAAAGAAACUUGGGAGUUAGGUACAAUUAAAGAGAAGGUCGGUAGUAAAAUGUACAAAAUAUUUAUUAUAAAAUUUGAAGCAACAUGCAUUAGACAUAUAGAUCAGCUGUUAAAAUUUACGGGCAACGAUAAUUCAUUAAAAAUUAAUAACACUGAUAAUGUUGAGAGUCGCAAUUUUCAGUCGUUACCCUUGUCACCGUCUAUGCCCGUGAAUGCUCCUUUAUCCGAACCUUCUGUAGGCAAUCCUCGGUCAUCGACCAUAGUAGAGCAACCCGUUAAUACUGACGCAAUAGACGAUGUUAAUGGGGAAGAAUGGGGCGAUUAUUCGGCACAGGACAGCGUGAGAGAUUCAACAGAGAUUCCGGAAGCGUCAGAUUCGCCUGAAGCUUCCGAAAACGGAGUCGAACAGCCUCAGAGCGAUUCUGUCCGCUCCAAUGACGUACCACCAGCGCAGGCACCGACACCCGCUCGUCAACUGCGCCCCCGGAAGGGGAUAGAUUAUAAGAAGUAUUUUAAAUGA